AUGCCGCCAAGUGGCAACGAAUGGCUGGCCCUGACGACGGAACCGAUACUGGAACCCGAGCUCCCGAUCUGUGACCCGCAUCACCACUUCUGGGUGCAGCGGCCGGAGCCGGCGGACUACCAGCAGUACCUGCUGCCCGACCUGGCGGCCGACAUCAACAGCGGUCACAACGUGCGAUCCACGGUGUUCGUGGAGGCGCGGUCCGAGUACCGGACGGAUGGGCCCGAAGAGUUCCGCCCCGUGGGCGAGGUCGAGUUUGUCCAGGGCAUCGCGGACGAGAGCGCGACCGGAGCGCACGGCGAAGGGCGGGCGGCCGCGGCCAUCAUCGGACGGGCUGACCUGAAGAUGGGCGACGGCGUCCGGCCGGCGCUGGAAGCGCUGCAGGCGGCGAGCCCGAACCGCUUCCGAGGGAUCAGACACUCGGUGGGCUGGGAUCCUCACCCGGAGGUCGAGAACCGGGAGGUUGAAGGUCUGCUGCAGCGCGACGAUUACCUGGCCGGGGCGCGGGUCCUGCAGGACAUGGGCUUGAUCCUCGAAACGUCGGUCUACUUCCCGCAGUUGCCGGAACUCGCGGAGUUCGCGCGGCAGGUACCGGACCUUACCAUCGUGCUCAACCAUAUCGGCGGAAUGAUGCGCACCGGCCCCUUUGCCAACCGGGACGACGAGGUAAUUCCGCAGUGGCGCGAUGGGAUCGACGCGGUGGCAUCCGCACCGAACGUCGUAAUGAAGCUGGGCGGGAUCGGGAUGCCGCGUAUCGGCUUUGACUGGCACACGCGGGAGACGCCCGUGGGGUCUGAGGAAAUCGCGGACUCCGUGGGCGACUGGAUGCGGCACUGCCUGGACCGUUUUGGACCUGACCACUGCAUGUUCGAGAGCAACUUUCCGGUGGACAAGGUCUCUUUCUCCUACCACGUGAUGUACAACGCCUUCAAGCGGCUGUCGCAGGGGUACUCCGCUACGGAGCGUGCGGCGGCGUUCCAUGACACCGCGACGCGGGUCUACCGGAUAGCGUCCUGA